AAACUCCAUGUCCGGUUCAGGGUCAAGCUCAAGCUCCAACUCCGGCACCGUGUCGGGUGCCAAUUCAGGUGCUGAUUCAAGCUCUGAUGCAUUUGGUGCCUCGGGAAGUGGAUCAAACUCCAUGUCGGGUUCAGGGUCAAGCUCAAACUCCAACUCUGCAUCCGGCUCAAGCUCAGGAUCUACCGGGUCUAAUUCUGGCGCGAGUGCUUGGUCCGGCUCGGGCUCAAACUCGGGCACUCUCUCCGGAGCUGGAUCGUCCAGUUGGUCCACCUCUACAUCUGGGUCAAACUCAGGCUCAUGGUUCGGGCCUGGACAAGGGCUUGGUCCUGGGACACGGCCGGGCUCCGGUACGGGCGUUGGAGGAGCGUUUGGAUCGGGUUACGGGUUCGGGGGUGGGUCUGGUAACGGACAUGCCGGUUGGGGCAAGCACCAUUAAGACACCGGUUAUUGUCUUAAAAGGAGACACUGCUCUUAGUUGAGCCAAAAUUUCCCCUUUCCAAGUUGUGUUUAUGUAAACAUGCGCGCACCAGCAGUUCUUAUUUUUUAAUAUUUGAGAACAAGCAUAUGCCAUAUGAAGUCCUGUGGGGACGAGUUGUAAUCUAUAAUUUCGAACUUUCUUUCCGAAGCCAUGGCAGUUCCACAAGUAUGGC